GUAAUCUCUAAACCAGAGGAGAAAGAGCAGUCCGCUAUUCCCCUCCCAUGACUUCACUUCCCUCCCCUUCUCACAGACUUGACAUUUCAAAUCUCCAUACCACGCCAGUGCCACAACUACCAUGACCUUCGAAACAUGGAAAACUGGAAGCAGAAGGAUAAAGAAACAAUAUUCCUGCGCCUCACUGGGUACAUUUCCUCAUAUACAGAGGAGCCAAAGAACAGGGAGAUUGUGUGGACGAGAGGAAAAGAGGAGGAGAGAAAAAAGGCAGAGGGACACUGAGUAAAAAAAACGACAGGAAACCAAAUAAUUCUGGUGCUGUUUUCUGCAAAUCCUCCUGAGAUAAAUCACUUCAGAGGACUGCCAUUCCCAAUCCACAUUUUACAAUUAUAACUGACAAGGGCUUUUCCCAUACAUUUUUGUAAGAUUGAUUGGAAAUGUAUAAAGCACUAAAACUCUGACAGAAAAGUGACGUCUGCUUCAUUCUUCUCUCAAGGACUUUUCAGUCUCCCACACAUUUAGUGUGGUUGGUCAAGAUGUGAGCGGCUGAAUCCUUUUUGGGAGGUUUGUAUGGUUUUUACUUCUGGGCUACAUCUCACCCCUUUCCCAGGGUCUGUUGGAUCAAUGGUUGUGUAUUUGAGGAUUUGUUUGUUCUGAACUCCUGGACUACUAAACUGGAUCCAGAUGAAGAAUAAAGGAACCAAGCAGAGGUCCAAAAAGAAAGGAUGUGAGAAUGCAUUCGGCUGUGACUUGACAGAACAUCUACACAAUUCAGGACAAGACGUUCCCCAAGUUUUAAAGACGUGCGCAGAGUUCAUUGAGAAACAUGGCGUUGUGGAUGGGAUAUACAGACUCUCAGGGGUCACCUCCAAUAUCCAGCGACUCAGACAGGAAUUUUGCACUGAGUUGUGCCCUGACCUCACAAAGGACAUGUACCUCCAGGAUAUCCACUGUGUGGGCUCCUUAUGCAAGCUGUACUUCAGGGAGCUACCCAAUCCUCUACUCACUUAUGAGCUUUACAAGAAAUUCACUGAAGCCGUCUCAGUCCAGGAGGAUCAUGAACGAUUACAGCAUAUUCAGGAUGUCAUUAAAGAGCUACCACUCCCCCACUUCAGGACUCUGGAAUAUCUUACCAAGCAUUUGGCCCACCUGGCCACCUUAAGCCCCCAGACUAACAUGCACAGCCGCAACCUGGCCUUGGUGUGGGCUCCAAAUCUGUUGCGCUCUAAAGAUAUUGAAGUUGCAUCCUGCAAUGGGGACAUGGCUUUCCUGGAGGUGAGGGUACAGCAGUCCGUGGUUGAGUUCAUUUUAAAUCACACUGAGCAGAUCUUCAACCAUGCAGCUGCACCAAUAAAACCUAAAGGACCCGGUUUGAUGUGUGGGGAGAAGUAUGCCACUUUGCCUAUCAGUGGCCAGGGUGGUCCAAUGAAGCUGAUGAGCCUGGAGGAGGCCCAGGCCCGCUCCCUGAGCCCUAACCACCCAGCACGGAAAGAACGACAACGGGAGAACAGUCUGCCAGAUACCAGCACUGCCACGCUGUACCAUACCGUCAUAGACAUAUCGGAUAGCAAAAGAAAGCUUUCUGGGAAAUCCAAAACGUGGAAGUCCAUCUUCAACUUGGGCAAGUCUGUGACAGACUCUAAGGGGAAACUGAGCCGGAAUGGGAGUGUGUUCUUGAGAGCACAGAACAUCACAGAAAAGGCAGCUAUCCGACCAGCUAGAAGCAUGGACUCUUUGUGCUCUCUGCCAACAGAUGAUGACAAGCCAGGAAAUUUCAACUCAGCGGACGAGGCCAACGGUUUCUUUGCACCAGGCAUAAAAUCCAGAACACUUGGAUCUGACUCGCUCUAUGACCUCAGUGAACACCAGAGGUGGGAGUUUGAGAUUAAGAAAUCGAGCGAGGCUACAGGUGGCAGCAGCCCUAACAUGAAGAGAAGGGGCUCUCCAAGUGUUUCACCACCCCAAAAGAAGUCUCUACCUGAACAACUGAAGGUUUUCAAAGGCGAUGACCUCAGCAGCUGCCAGCCCACCUCUCCUAAAAACAGGAGGAUGCUGUAUUCUGGCUCCACCCACAGCAGCACAUCCAGGCCCUCGUUCCCAGGAAGCCUCUUCCCUGAGUCCUCCCCUAGGCAUCAGCGCAAGGCUCUCAACAUAUCAGAGCCCUUUGCUGUGUCCGUGCCCCUGAGGGUGUCUGCAGUCAUCAGCUCCAACAGCACCCCCUGCAGGGCAACAGGGAAAGAGAGGCCUGCUGCAGCUGCCCUGAAACCCAGCAGAGAGACCUCCCAGUCAGAGCAGAGUGAUAGCAGCGGCAGCUCAAGUUUCAGAGAGCACCCCCUUGUAGAGAGCAGUGUGGGGAGUGAGAGCAGUAUUUACAGUAACAGCAGCUCAACCCCUCUGGAAAAGGAGGCGAGACCAGCAGAGGAGAGGAGCAGAGAGGAGGCAGCUUCCAAAAGUGUGCCAGAAGUUUCAGGAAGUGAAGGAGAGGUGAAAGAGGUUCAAGGGAAGGUGGAAGUAUCUGACCUGAGACAGUCUUCCACUCCCAACACAAGAGAGGAAGAUAAAGAGAAACAGCAAUCUCCUGGGAAUCAACUGGACAGCCCGCCAGCACCGCAGCUUGAGACAAAAGAACUGACACAACUGGAUAUGGGAUCUCUACCUAUCAAGGAAGAACUGUGGUGUGAGCUCCAUCUUGAGCUGAAAAUCACUGAGCCUGAGCUUGACAUUAUGGAAGAGGAGUUUAUGCCUGUCGUUUGUUCCACCAAGAACACUCGCGAGGAUGUUAAGGCAAAAAGAAGAACCAGUCUUCCAACUCACUCGUCAUUAUACAAGGGACAGCCUUUGACGCCCACCAGGCCUGCAUUGACUGAUCAAAGUGCUUCUACAGUAGCACAUUCAGCAAGAAAGAACUCCUCAGACACACUAUUUCCGUUGGACAAAACAUUACAUUUCAUGGUUGGCACAGAUAUGAAAAAUACACCUCUACAUGCUGCUGAUUCAACAGAUAAAACAAAAAACAAACCCCACAUUUCCCCAAAAUCUAAGCACCCAGAAACAGAUAAACCCAUCAGCAUCAAGCCACGACUUGUGGUUCCUCACCUCGCAGAGCCAAGUUUACAUUCUACUCAACAAAGCCAGGUCAUAAACCAUUUGCAGCCAGGGGAUGACAUAACAUACAUAGGCAUGUCUGUAGUAGAGAAAGGAAAAGAGCCAUCAUGGAAAAGUAAAAACCAAGAUUGGGUCAAAGGGCUUUUCCAUGAUGAUGGAAAGAAUGCUUUGUCAGUAGUCAUGGGAGGCAUUGAGAGGCUUUCAAUAUGUUUGGAGGAAAGGCCCCACACCAUGGGGCUAGCACACCAAAAUGACGAGGAUGGAUGUGGAGGACACUCCGAAUUGGAGGACUUGGAGGAGGAACCUUGGGAGGAGGUCUUCAGCUCCACCAAACAGUGGGUAACCAGUCCUCUUCAUUCACCCACAUUUAAGGAUUUGUUUGGAAAACUAGAUGUGUCUUGUUCUACGGAAGAAGGUUUGAGCUCCAAAGAUCUAAAUGUUCCUCCUCAAUCUAGAGAAGACAAACCAACAAAUGGAUCAUGUGCCGUGAGGAGCAUAGAAGUGUUCCCAGGAAAUAGCUCUCUAGCAUGCAGCCGCAAAACAGAGACUAAAAUCACACAUCCACUUCCGUUACCCGCCAAAACCACCAUGGUCGGUGAUGAAGCAACGAGACCACACAGAGAGAACAGCUGCAUAGCCAAGCAGAAAAACACCACCUCCUCCCAGAGAUUCCACAGACAGACGUCUUAUGAAGCAUGUUAUUCAGAAAAAACUGUGCAGGACAGUUUUUCCAAACACAGACCCUAUUCACUCAAUUUGGAUUUAGGACUUCGAUGCAUCAGAGACAUUUCCAAUCAGCAAAACCUGGAGUCAGCUGAGUUGUCCUCCAUUCAGAGAGGGGCAGUGACCCCGUCUGGGACCAAAUCCAACGGCCUGUCCCAGGAACUGGAGCUGUUCCUGAGCGAUCGUCAGGCCCCUGUGCGCCGGAACUCCGCCCCCGUCAGUGUGUCGUCUGUCAGGACGGCCUUCAUGAUAAAGACUUGCCAGGCCAAAGCCGUGCCUGUCAUUCCCCCAAAGGUGCAGUACAGCCACAUACCUCAUCCCACAAACAAUGAUGCAGGAAAUGAAGCAGAGAAAGAACUCACAAAAACCAGGGGAGAGAAACUAGAUACUGUACCUCUUCUUCCAUCUAUCAGGGAUCUAAAGGAGGAGUUGGAGAAUAAGGAGCCAGCCCCCAAAUCCCAAAUAAGGCAGUCUAUAUCUACAGAGACUAAUAAAACCACACCUGUUUCAGACCCACCGGUGCUGAGGAGGAAACGCUCCUCCAAUGCAGAGGCCUUUGCUGACUGUCCAAGACCUGAACGGUCUACUGUUCUACAAAGACCGUCCUUUAGGAACCGCCAGAGACCACAGAGCCUCAUCUUGUUCAGUCCACCCUUCCCCAUCAUGGAUUACCCACCGCUAGGGGAUGAUGGUAAGCUCCUCCUCUCGGCCAUCAGAAGUCCAACUGAAACAUCAGCACUCGAUGUCUUUUCUAAAGAGAUGGAUGAGAAUCUCAGGACCCCAGAGGGGGUGACCCUGCGGAACAAAAUGACAAUACCCAAGAGUGGACAGAGGCUGGAGACCUCAACCAGCUGCUUUUAUCAGCCACAGAGGAGGUCCAUGAUAUUUGACAACAGGAGCCACAGGCAGAUUGAAUGAGACACUGGACAGUAACCAGUUUCCUAACACUACUCUGUUUAUCCUUCUGCUCAUCCUCCCUUUUCUUGGACUUAUGUAAAAGAUUGGAGCAAUAUUGGGCCUAUAAUUCUAACUUUGGGAAAUGAACCAUUUAUUUGUUUCCAAUGCUCCUACAACCACCCCUCUGUCCUGCAAUAAAAUAAGUAUUCUCGACUAGUGGCGAAGAUUUUAGUCCAAAUCAUAUGCAGUAAUGAUCAAUUAAUAUUCAAAUUAUAUUUUUUAAAUUCAAAUGUUAGACAUGUUUGUAAUAUGCAUAUGAAGGAUAGACAGCCAAAGAAAGGAGAAUGUUACAUCGACCCAUAUUGCCAUUGGUAUUUGAGAAAAUGUCUUUUACUAGUUUGCAUGUCAUCAUUUGUAAUCACAAGACUGCCUUUUUGCCAAAGAGAGUUGUACCUUCAGUGAUCGCUGCUUUGUUUUUAUUUCUACCUUUUUUCUUACAUAUUUUGUCAACUGAUGAAUGACUCCAUACAGUAUGGACCCACUGACGCCCAGCUAUUGUCGCUGUGAUCAGCUUUUAUCCUGACAUAGUAUCAGGACAGUGUUUUUCCAACAUUCUAAGUAAUGAGAACAGGAGAAAGCAGCUACUUUAGUUGUAAUUGUAUUAUAGACACUAAAUGGUAUUUAUUUAUCCAAUUAUCAAUCUAUAGAUAGUCAUUAACACACUUGACCAAUUCUUUGUUGUUGUUGUUUUUAUUUGGCUUCAAUUCUAGUAGCCAGACAUUACUUCACCAAUUCUAUAUUGUGUAAUGUUACCAAUAGUUAUACUGGUAUGUGUUACCAGUGCUACCAGUGAUUUAUCAGAACUGACAUAGUUGGUGUUCUCUUAAUUGGACUGUAAAGUAAUGUUUUGGUAAAGUUUUAGGAUGAGGAGGACAGAUGACAAAAGUACCUAAUGUAAAAGUGUCUGUUGUGAUGAAAACAGGCUUUGAAGAGAAAUGUUUGCGUUUUAAAGAAAAGGAUAGUGAGAGAAAUGGAUGUGCUGACACUUGUAUUUGUGUAUGAUACAAGUGCAGAUUGUAAAAGAGAGGACUCAAA